AGCAUCCGGCAGAAGAAGGGGUGAAUGCAGAGAAACAGGAGAGCUCAUCUUAAGGAGAGUUUUUGUUUGUAGGACACAACAAGCCAGUUUAGAAGAAGGGAAUAGUGAUGUUAGAGCACAGUGAUAAUUACAAUCAUUUAUCUUCUAGAUGUGAAUGGACAAGGAGCUUCUGAAAAUGAGGAAUCCAACUGUGUUUUCUGUGCUUUUGUUGACAAUGAGUACGAUGAGCACUGCUGUAUCUGUGUGUGGCUUGGCUCCACUCAACUCCAGGAGAGUGGAAGGCCUGGAUGCCGCCCAAGGAAGUUGGCCCUGGCAGGCCAGCCUCCAACAGUCUGGUUCACAUGUCUGUGGUGGGUCCCUCAUCAGCACAGAGUGGGUGCUGUCUGCUGCCCACUGCUUCUCCAGCUCAACCCCAGAUGGGUGGAAUGUUGUUCUUGGUCUGGAGAACCUGCAGGGCAGUAAUCCCAAUGAACAGGCUAGCACUGUGGCUGAGAUGGUCCUCCAUCCAGACUACAACAUAACAAGCAACGACAAUGACAUCGCUCUUCUCAGACUCUCCUCACCGGUCACUUUCACAGACUAUGUCCAGCCGGUCUGCCUGGCCGCUAAUGGCAGUGCUUUCCAUAAUGGCACUGAUACCUGGGUGACAGGCUGGGGAGACAUCAGUGAAGGAGUGAACCUCACCUCCCUCCAGACUCUCCAAGAAGAUGAGCUUCCAGUUGUGGGGAACAUGCAGUGUGACUGUCUCUAUGGGCUUGACUUAAUCACAGACAACAUGCUCUGUGCUGGUUUUCUGGAAGGGGGCAAAGACACAUGUCAGGGUGACUCUGGCAGCCCAAUGGUGAUAGAGCAGAACAAUGUCUGGGUCCAGUUGGGGGUUGUUAGUUGGGGGUGUGGUUCUGCUUGGCCCGAUCUCCCUGGAGUCUACACCAGAGUGUCCCAGUACCAGUCAUGGAUCGACGCCCAGAUCAGCACCGACCCGCCAGGCUUUGUGGAGUUCAUCUCCUUUGGUGACGACACUGACAGUGACUUCAUCUGUUCAGAACCAACGCCAUCGGACCCGUCCGUAGAGAUGUCUACACCAACAGAGAUAACCCUGACCACCAUAGUGUUGGACUCAGCCCUUACUACCACCGAGAACUACACUCCCGGAGACUCCAUUUUUGAUAAUGGCCAGCGUUUAUUUGGCUGUCUAUAUAUUCUGAGUGCCCUUCUGUUUUUCCUCACCAUGUAAAUAAUUGAUGUGUGAUCUAAGAUAUUGCUUCUGAGGAGAUGGCCAUUUUAUCCAUGCUGAUACAUUGGUUCUUACUGGUUACUAAUGACAUUGUCAUGGGCGUUUCCCUGUCAAUGAAACACCAGCAUAGCAAGUUAUUUACCAAGUGUUUUGGGUUAGUUGUCCUUACCAUAUAUUCUAACUUAUAAUUACAAUUAAUUAUUUACUAAUUAAGUAUGAUGUAGUCCCUUUUCUGGUUCCUUCUAAGUAAAGAAAGACUGAACACACAGA